CGAACGGCCACACAAUGCUGGUGGAAAAAUCAUGAGAGGAAAAGCGCCGUGCAAACAGUUAGAAAGUGCGCAAUCGGACAGCGGAAGUGCGAAAAAGAACGUUUGCUGAGGCUGCACCUGCCGAAAACCAGCUGAAAAGCAAAAGCUCGCUAGCUGCUAAUUAAAUUAUAAAACAUACAGAACACAGAAGCGCUAAAGACGGGCCAACCAAGCCCACAAUCCCCGCUUUUUGGCCUAUUUCGCUGAACAAAAAAAGAGAAGGAACCGAGGAGAGAGUGCUGCAAAGAAGCUUUCACCAAAUCUAGUUUUCCUGCUUGGACUCUCGCCCAGGAGCUCACUAUGUAGACUCAACCCAAGAAAUCAUCAUCGUCAGCAGAAGCAGGGGAAAUCUACAAGAGAGCCAACAUGUCGUUUAUCACCAACCUGAAGAAGGUCUUCCACCUCGGCGGGGGUGAGGCCAAGAAGAAGCGCCUGUACAACAACAUCAAGAUGGACACGGAUCCGGCGGAGUUCUGGGAAAUGGUCGGCGAACUCGGCGACGGAGCCUUCGGCAAGGUGUACAAGGCGCAGCACAAGGAGCAGAAGCGCUUUGCUGCCGCUAAAAUGUGCCAGCUGGAGGACGAGGAGAACCUUAGCGAUCACAUGGUCGAGAUCGACAUUCUGUCGGAGAUCAAGCACCCAAAUAUAGUGGAGUUGUAUGAGGCCUUUUCCAUCGAUGAUAAGCUGUGGAUGCUCAUCGAGUACUGCGACGGAGGGGCCCUGGAUAGCAUUAUGGUGGAGCUGGAAAAGCCCCUGACUGAGCCGCAGAUUGCCUAUGUUUGCAAGCACAUGACCGAGGGUCUCACCUUCCUGCAUCGCAACAAAGUCAUCCAUCGUGAUUUGAAGGCAGGAAACGUGCUUCUCACAAUGGAAGGUGGCGUUAAGUUGGCGGACUUUGGCGUUUCGGCCAAAAACAAGCACACCAUGCAGAAGCACGACACCUUCAUUGGCACUCCCUACUGGAUGGCGCCGGAGCUGGUGCUUUGCGAAACGUUCCGGGACAACCCGUACGAUCACAAAGUGGACAUCUGGUCACUGGGCAUCACGCUAAUCGAGCUGGCGCAGAUGGAGCCGCCGAACAGCGAGAUGUCGCCCAUGCGAGUACUCCUGAAAAUUCAAAAGAGCGAGCCGCCCAAGCUGGAGCAGCCUUCUCGAUGGAGCAAGGAGUUUAACGACUUCCUGAAGAAGUCCUUAGUCAAGGAUCCUCAGGUGAGGCCCACGACGGAUGUGCUGAUGCAGCACGCUUUCAUCAACAGAAAUCUGGAUGCCAAGCCUAUCAAGGAUCUGCUGCUUGAGUACAAGGCCGAGGUCGUGGAAGAGGUGGUGGAUGAUGAGACCGAGGAACCCCGCAACUCGGCGCUCCAGCUCGACCUGGACGAUGACUCUGCUUCGCUGCAGAGCCAAGACAUUGACAAACUUCCAGGUACACCUACAUCCAUUUUGCGGGAUGCCAAAGAGCAGUCCCAACCAAGUAGCAGUUUACCAAUCGCAGCAGCGGCAACUGCAGCAGCAGCAGCUACAACCACAACUAAAGCAACCACUCCGGACAGACCAAACCACACAAAGGAUGACAAUGCUGAAGCGGCAGCCCAGCAGCCGCCGCAUACCAAAGUGCCUGCUCCAGCGCCGCCGUCGUCCCAACAAACGCCACCACCGCAAGUUCAGCAGCCACCUACACCACCAGCCCAACCCACAGCGGCUGUGCUGCAAAAGAAACCCGAAGAUGUGGCAGCUGUUGCAGAAACAUCUGAGAAAACCGAAUCCGACAAGAAGCACUUUGUCAAAAAGGGCAAGGCCCCGCCCCCGCCGUCCCCAUUGGGUCUUGCAAAUGCCAAGCCGGCUGCCAGCGACUCCCAGACGUCUCCCAAAAAACUGGCCACUCCCGAGCCCACUUCUCCAGUCACCACGGCUAUUGAGGUGGCCAUUGGCCAAGAGGCGAUGGAGCCGAAACCGCAGCCGCCAUCGCCCACAGCCUCCUCCAUUGUGUCUGUGCAAUCGGUGGCCUCUUCCAGCUCCUCGGGCAGAGUUUCAAAUGCUGUUCUCAGCUCGAGCACUUCCCUUAUUACCAUUAACAGCGAUCCACCCACACCGCAUCAUCACCAACCGCUGCCACCUCAACCGCAGCACUUGGUUUUGCCAAACAGCUUGGAGUCGGUGAGUCAGAUAACAGUUGUGACCAGCACCCAUCCGCCGGUGAUCAUCGACAACUCGGUGGUGCCACCGCAAAACGAGGUGAUCAUCGUUUCCAAUGAUAUGAAUAAGAGCACUCACCUGCAUGAAUCCUCGACGGACGAUGAUUUUCCAUCGCUGGACGACAGUUUGGGUGAUGCCACCACGCCGCCCCACAAGCAAUCCUCAAUGAUAUUGGCUGUUAAUGAGCCAGCAGGUGUGGUUCCCGCUCCUCCGUCGCAACCGCAAACGUCUUCCACUGUUCACGCACGCAAACUGGAUGAAAGUGAGGUGUUAAUAGUCAGUCCGUCCUACGCGGAUGAUGACUCGGCCUAUAACACGGCGUCUGGCAGUCAUAGCCACGAUCACAGUGACCAUCUGAUGGACACGAGCCACGUCUCCGUGGUCACCGUGGGAGAUGAGGGGGUUAAGGUGAAGGACAGCAGCAAUGAGCUGGGCAAGCGCCAGCCCAAUGGAGUUGGCAUUGUGCCGGAAGACGUAAACAUCAUUGUAAACCGAUUCAAGCAGGAGAAGCGGUCGCCGGACAGCUCGCUGAGCGAGAAUGGCUCGGUGCGCGGACGGCGUGGUAUUGAGGUGCUGGUUGGCGGCAGCGGAGGAUCCGACGUGGACAGCAUUGGCACAAACACUAGUCAGGAAAGCCGGCACGAAACGGAUCACAACAACAAGCAGCAGUAUCCAGCGGCCGCACUGAUGCCUCCACCACCUCCCUCGUUGACGAAUAACCACAAUCACGAGACCAUUGAUGAGGAAGAGGAGGUGGUGAUCCGACCCAAGGCUAGGGUUCCGGCCGUAGUUAAGUCUGCAAACGCUCAAGGUCUCACCAAGGAAGAGAUUGAGCUGCGCAACCUGCGCAAGAAGACACGGAAGCGCACCCGCAAAUUCGAGAUCGAUGGCGUGCAAAUGACCACCACCACAAGCCGAGUAAUCUACGGGGACGAUGAGAACGGACGAAUCUACGAUGAUCACGACUUCCGUAAGCAGGAGCUGCGUGAACUAAAGCUGCUGCAGAAGCAGGAGAAGAAACAGCAGACAGAACUGCACUUAAAGGAGCAGCAGGCCAAGGAACAGCAGGAUCGUCGCUUUGAGCAGGAGCGCUCCUCGCUGGAAAAGACCUACGAGGCGGACAUGGAUAUGUUGGCGCGUCAGCACAAGCAGCUGGUGGAAAAGACAGAGCAGACGCAGGAGAACGAGCUGCGCUCCUCAUCUAAACGCAUUCGCUCCGAGCAGGAGCAAGAGUUGAAGAUCUUCCGAGAGAAUCUCAAGCAGGAGAUCCGACUGCUCAAGCAGGAAGUUGACCUGUUUCCGAAGGACAAGCGCAAGGAUGAGUUCAAGCAGCGGCGUUCAGCCAUGGAAUUGGACCACGAAGAGAAGGAACGCGCCUUCCUGGAUUCCUUAAAGGAGAGGCAUGAGCUCCUACUAAGGCGAUUAAGCGAGAAGCAUCGAGACCACCUGGCCACUAUCAACCGCAACUUCUUGCAGCAGAAACAGAAUGCCAUGAGGACGCGGGAGGCCCUUCUCUGGGAACUAGAGGAGAAGCAGCUUCACGAACGGCAUCAGUUGUCCAAGCGGCAUGUAAAGGAACUAUGCUUCAUGCAGCGACAUCAGAUGAUAAUCCGGCACGAGAAGGAGCUGGACCAGGUGAAGCGCAUGUUGCAGCGUAAGGAGGAGGACAUGGUCAAGAAGCAGACAAUGGAAAAGCGGGCUCUGCCGAAGCGCAUCCGUGCAGAGCGCAAAGCGCGAGAUCUUAUGUUCCGUGAAUCCCUGCGAAUUUCCACGAACCUAGAUCCUGAAAUCGAACGCGAUCGCUUGAAGAAGUUCCAGGAGCAAGAGAAGAAGCGGUAUAUGCAGGAGGAGCGACGCUUCGAAGUCAAGCAUCAGAAGCAAUUGGAAGAGCUACGCGCUACUCGCGAAAGCGCCAUAAAAGAGCUGGAGCAACUUCAGAACGAAAAGCGAAGGGCUCUGGUGGAGCACGAACACUCCAAGCUUUCCGAGAUCGAUGAGCGACUGAAGGGGGAGCUGCGCGAGUGGCGCGAACAGUUGGUGCCCCGUAAACAGGAACUGAACCGUCAGAUCAAGCUGGCCAUUGAUCAGCACGAAAAGCGAUUCGGCCUUGUGGCCAACCGCGAGGAGUUCGAGGAUCAGGAGGUCAAGCUGCCCGCCCACCUGCGCAACAUCUACAACGAGCGAUCCUCACGCAUUCUGCCCCGCAACACCUUUAUCGACCCUCAAAACAUGCCGCGCUCUCGCUCCUCGCUCCUAAUGAUGGGAGGUGGUGGCAACCGUCUGUCCAACUUCCGCGGAUCAGCUCCAGAUCUUAGCCGCAGUGUGCCCAGCACUCCCAUUAUGCACAAACAACAGAGAUCGCAGAUGAUAAGCGAUCAGGUGCUAGAAGAGGACGAGGAGCAGAUGCUGAGCGAGCAGAUGAAGCGGGCCAGCGUCGCCACGCUUCCGGCGCAAAACCAACUUCGUCUUAUAACUCAGCUUCCGGCAAACGAGCUCGUGAAGGUGGUGACCUCCACUCCACCACUGAACAGCGCGGAGGAUGUGAACUCCAAGCCAGCCAUGAGCACAUUCAGAGGCAGUACGCCGCCCAAAACACCAGAUGAUCUGGGCUUGGUCACCAAUCGAUUCAGCCGCCUUGACACCAAGGCUGCGGCGGAGGCCAGCGGCGUGGAGCUGCGCAUUCACGAGGGGCCAGUGCUAACUGCGCACACUCAGCGGCUGCUGCACACCACCUCCUUUGCUAUCAAGCGACCCUCGCUGGCCAGCCGGAGCAGCGGUAGAUCCUCCCUGAGCAGUGCGCAGUCGAUGUACAACAUAAACGAGCUGUCCACGCGGUUCACCAGUGAUGCGGACCUGAUAUUUGACUCCGGACGCAAGGCAGCCGCCCUGCUAGACGAAGUGCAGCCGCAGCUACGGUCCUCCGUUAAGCCAGGACACAGUCGUGCCAACGGAAGCGUCGCCUCGGCCGACUCCGCCGCCUCUUCCGAGGAUAUCUACUACGACCUGUAUGCGGCGCAGUACAGACUGCCGAGACAACUACAGCAACGGCUGCAACAAGAGGUUAGUCCUUUGAUCUAUCCCCAGUGCGCUUCCCAGCCAUUCGAUAUGACCCAGGGCCCUGCAACUGGAGCUCGCCGCCUCGAGGAGACCUUCGCCCAGCAGCUGGACGAGAUGGAGACCCUGUACGGAGGCGCCCUGAUUGUGUCCAUGCCCUCGGACACGCUGCAGCGAGAUCACUUCACCGGCUCGACGCGCAGCAGCCUCAGCUCGUAUUCCGAGGGCUGAGGCCAAGAAAUAGCGGUGCCCGGGGACGGGAAGCAGCCUGUCGAACCGGCGAACAAAGGAACUGCAGCGGCAGCAGCUAUGACAGCUAUGCAGAACGUAACAAAACAAUUGUCAGCCAUCCAUUAAGGCUUCCGCCAGAGAUUGAGCGCCUCUGCCUUGCUUAUAUAUGUAUAUGUAAGAGAGAGUAUAUAUGUUUUAGAUGGUCAUGUAUGUAUGUAAGUCGGGCCAAGCAGCGCGUGGGGUCAAGCUUAGUUUUUGUGUCGUAAAUGUAUUGCAUAAGUUUAAUUUUAUUAUCCUUCAGUGUACGUUAGCCUAUUGUUCUAUUAUUAUUAUUAUUAUUACUGUACAUGUCUAUCGAUCUGGUGAAAUCCAACGCGUUACAAUACCAUAUCUUCGAGUAUACAUGCCACAUGUAUAUUAUACACAUACAUAUAUGUUAUGUAUGCGAGAAACCGUCGUGGGCAGAAUUAAAUUUACUUAAUAUUUAUCUACGUUUAACACACCACUCACACUCCCGAAGACAAGAGGACAAACAUACAUACGUACACCAAACAAAUAUUUUUUGUUGACCUUAUCGCUAUUGUAAAUAUAUCUAUAGUACUUGUAUCUUAGCUAUGCAACUUAACACACACACACAGAGACACAUCCACGGAAAGUUUAGCAAAAGUUAAUGAGUAGCAACAGAAGAAAUAUGUGAGAUGUUGGGAUUCCAUGAAACAAAUUGUGUGAGCGCUCGAGUUUCGAGCUGCAGACGGACGCAGAUAUGCAGAUCGAUAAUGAGGGGCCGUCGGGUAAACGUAAAAGAUAUUUAUAUUUGUACAAGUUUAUGCUUAUAUAUUUUAUAUAAAUAUAUAUAUAUAUAU